UUUCAAAAUUUCCCCACUUUUUGUAGAACACCAGAAGGGGGCAUCAAUUCACGACACGAGGGAUGGGAGCACCCAAACGGCUGAGAGCCUGACGACACACUCGCGUCCGUUCCCCUAUGUCGACGACGAAUGCUUAUGCCGGUGCUCGAUCCGGCGGAAAAAUAGUUAAUAAAAGGCACAGGAAAUUCUCAACAUUCACCCCAUACGACCGUCCACCUCCGCCUCCAGCACAGCAAAGCCCCAAUUGGCUCACCGGUGUCGUGUUUCCGGCCACUCGUACUAUUGUCUCCGGUGCAGCAAAGUUGCUGUCUUCCGUCUUCGAUUCAGACUCUUCUUCUUGUUCUUCAUCUUCGGCCUGUACACACCCUGACAGCAAUAGCAUAGAAGAGGAUGACACCAAAGAUGACAAUGAUCAUGAUAAAGACGUCGAAUUAUUGAAAGAGACAGACUAUGCUGCAACAGAUGGUGAACAUAGUGAAGGAAUGAGCAAGAGCAAAUGUUUAAUCGAACAGCUACUUAUGAGGGAAACUUUUUCGAGGCGUGCCAAGUCAAAACAAGAAGAUUAUUUCAGGAUGGGGGGAAGUAUCAUUUAUUGAGAAUUAAUUAUUUCAAUGCAACACUGCAUCAAAGUGUAGCUAAGUGAAUAUCGCGCAGCACAAGAGUAAAGAAAACUCAAUACAAUAUUAAAAGCAGAAUAGAGUGCCUCAUUUUAGUUCUUCCUUCAUUACUUGAUAUCAAUUUUCUUUAUGUUAGUUUUUGGAUUUUUAAAAUUUGCACACCCCUUUUGAGAUUAUGUUGCAGAAAUAUGUCUAUCCCAUAUGAAUGUGUUCUUUAUUAGUAGUUAUGUGUUGGUUUUCCACCAAUAUAUUUCAGCUGCAUAAUGGACUUGCAUCUCUUUCUGACGUAUCUUGUUUGUUAUCAUAUUUACCAGGGCAGAGUGUGAGAGGUUUAUAAACUUGAUCAACUCCAGAGCUGUGGAUUCGCCAACACUCUAUUAUGGCCUCCAAGAUGCAAUACCGGAUGGAACCACCGGUACCUUGAAUGCUUGCAGUCAAGCUAUUAUUGAAGCACGAGAAUGGUUAAAAAACAAGAAAGAAGAUUUGCACUUAGGUCCAUGCCUUGUUGAUCAGCCAAUAUCUUUUAUAACUGAAAAUAUGGAAAAUCUAGAUGGCUCUCCUAUAUAUGUGGCAAAGUCAUAUAUGAAAGCUCGUCCUCCAUGGGCAUCUCCUUCUGCCGAGCAUGAAACAAGAACACCAUCAAUGAAGUCGAAGCUUUUCGACAAGGGAACUCCUUUUCCUGAUGGGUUUGAUUCUACAUCCUCUUCACGGAAAAAAAAUGCUCUUGCAUCUGGAUCAUGGAAUAUACAUGAGGAAAUACGAAGAGUUCGUUCAAAAGCAACAAAUGACAUGCUACACUCCCCCCCUGCCAAAAGAAUUGAUCUGCCACUAUUGUCUGAACAGAAAAUGAAGCGGAAAGCUUUUAUUGAUUCAAAACUGACUACUAUGGGUGACAUGGCAGUACUGGCUACUGAUAUUGGAUUAUCUGAGAUCAGACAAGUUGCUGGAGAGUCUAGAACUGUGCUAUUUAAGCCAUCUGAAGCACAGGAUAAUGAACGAGCUGAAGUUGCUGGAGUGUCUUCUGCUUCCGAGUCUCAUCACCACAGUGGUCCUGUUCUCACAUCAGAAAAUGUUGAUGUGAAAGGCGUACCAUCCUUGGAAGUUAGUUUGCUUGGAGGUGGAGAACAUGAAAAGAUGCAAAUAGGCGCAUUUCCAAGCACCGAAAGACCGAGUAAUGAUGUUAGGGCGGUGCAGGUCAAGUGUGACUUUCUAACCGAGUGUCUUGAAAUACCUAAUUACGAGAAUGAGCAGAUGAGUAGUGGUAGUAGUAGUACUCCAAAAUAGUUGUAACACGCUUUAGUAAUAAUAUUUCAUCGUAGAGUAACCCCCUUUCUCAUCGCCCACUUUAUUAGUCUUGCACUCUAUUGUAGACUAGGCUAAGCUAGACUAGAAUGCUUUGACAUGCAUGCUUCCAUACCUCCUGUAGUUCUUAUUAGUAUUUAGUAUAUUAUUGUACAUUUUUUGAAGUUUAUUUAGAACAUAUUUUUGAUGUUUUGUUUUCAUCCCUUUCAACUUUGAUAUAUGUUA